ACGCAGAAGACAAGCCAUUCUUUUUUGUUGGUGAGAACUACAGCCAUGGCUACCUUAUGCCAAAACACCUGCCACUGUUAGUCGGCGCGAUAAGGUGCUUGAGUUUGACUCUCUCCAGGCAGCUGUUUUAUUUACCAGUAAGCAGUUUGGGCUUUGUUGCCGCAGUCGUUUCCAAAAACCCUACAACUCGACGGCUUGCUCCACCGUUCACUGGUAAACGAACUCAACUGUCCUUGUUAUCAUGCCCUUCGCUUCGUUCAUUGGAUGAGUUCCCCCUCACCUGAUCCCACUGGAUCCAAAGAGGUGUCGAAUAUUCCUACAGGACGGCGGUAAUCGUACAAGCCCGACGGGCUCAGCGUAUCAGCUCGGCACCGUCUUCGUCCACUGGGCUGUUGUCAAGACAGUGGAGGUUAUUGUUGGCUACUCUGCUCUGCUCUACAGAGUAUCGACAGAUAUCGGCAGCCGCCCAGAGGUCUGCCCUCGGCCCAACUCACUCGGACCUUACCGUCUACUAAGCCACUGUAGUGUGCCCUCGAUUUCAGCCUGUGACUGUCGCAUCUGGUAAGUCACUCGUCUGUUAGAGUUUGAUACACCUUCAAGUUCAACGCCGCUGGCUUGUAUGAUAUUGUCAUCCAUUAGUCCGGGUUCACAUCCCAACAGGCAGUCAGUCAUUCAAGCUUCUGUUGUUGGGUCUGCAUGAGUGACAGCUCAGUUGUCAUCUAGGGGGACUUUGAAGUGGAUAGAGGUAGAUCGGAAUAAUUCCUUAUUGAUUCGAGUGCUGUGUCUAUACGAAUGAUACCAGAAGGGGGGGAAACCUGCCCUUCUGGUCCAUUACUGUAUAUUUAUCGGCCUACCUGCUUCUCUCGGUUCAACCGCUUCGUGUUUGUAUGCAGACAGGCAAGUUACG